UUUCUGUUUAUUCAAUUUGUCAUUUAUCAGAUUUUUAGUAUAAUUUAUGUUUAUUGGUAGGGGUGCAAAAUAUAAGCUACUGUUCGGAAGACUAUGAUUUACAGGUUCAAACAACUUCUCUCCAAGGGUCGAGUAUAUGUAAUGAAGCUCUUCUCUGUUGUGCCAAACCAAGGAUCUUAUAGGGCCACUAGGCAUCUGAUUUUCCAGUUCAGGACCACUGUCAGUAAUGCUAUCUGCGAUUUUAUUCCAAAAUCUGCUCUUACAAUCUCUCCAUUCACUGAACUUUUGGAAACCAAAGAGGAUUCUGAUUUCUUAGUUGAUGUGGUGGGUCUGUUGGUCUCUGUGCCGGAAGAGAAAGAAUAUGAUAAAGAUGGAAAGAAGAUGAAGAUGGCUGUGACAGAACUUGCUGAAAAUGAUCAUAGAAUUUGGUGUGCCUUAUUUGGUGAAUAUGUUGAUGAACUUAAUCGAUUUCUGUCUUCUGGGUAUGCUGAACAGCCAGUUGUGGUUUUACAACUUGCCAAAGUUAGGGUUUUAGAGGUAGAGUUGGACUUCAGAAUGUUAUGUUUGCAUCAAAGCUUGGAUUUAAUCUUGACGUCCCAGAGGUGGUAG